AUGGCGAACAAAGGCGAUAGUGUUAUGGCGGAUGUCGCUGUGAAGUCACAAGAUGCUGGCGAUAUCAGCGAUCUCGUGCAAACAAACCACAGCGACGCGUUCGCGUUCACCGAGUCCGAGAAGCUAGCCCUCGAGCUCUACGACCAACUGCGAGAGCUGGAGCUGCAACAGAGCUUGCUGCGGGCACAAGAAGCAGAUGACGAUUUGCAAGAGCAGCUGAUCGUAGCCGAGCGCGAGGCUAUGGAAGCAAAAGCAGAGUACGAGUUGCGCAACAAGAUCACCCACAAUGUUCUUGUCACAGAUCCUGUACUCAAGGCUGUUCACGGGGGUGAAGAGACUGACUUUACCGAGAAACGCCUCCUGCCUUUGAUCACCGAAAAUGAUAUCAUUGCUAUGGUGCAAGGCCGUCUCGCCUCUAAGCUUGCCUCGUCCACACACGCCUUGGUGACAGCAGAGCAGGCAAACAUUGUUGCAAAUCAAAAGAACCGAGGAUUGGCCAAGACGAUGCUGGCUUUGGCAGAUGCCAUGAAAUCGCAGUCAGCUGAGGACAUCGAGGACCCAAAGUUACGUGAUCAGAUCAAGGCGGUCGAGAAGGACCUGAAGGAUUCAAGGAGAAGAAUGAAGACGCUCAAAGGCAUUCUCUCAGCAAUGAUCGUUGGCAGUGGCAUCAACUGGGCGGCGGAUGAAAGCUUAAUCGAGCUGGUCUUGGAUGAUGAGGAUGAUUGA